AAAGAUCGUUUUGGCUCAUCCGUGGUUCUGAUGAAAUCCGUUGAUUGAAAGACGAAAUCGGUCGCUGAAUAAUCCGUCGAUAAGAUAGACAAAUUCUUGAUUACACGGAGGAAGACGUACCGUAGAAGAAUAUAAGCUGUGGUCAAUUGAUCGAACGAUUGGUGAUCGAGUGCUUUUGCUGUUCGGUAUAAAUUUGGAUGUGUGUUGUACCAGCGACGAUGUCAAAAAUCGUAUCUUGCGGGUUUGCUAGGCAUAUACCGUAACAUCAGUCAAAAUCGAAGUCACUGGUAUCCGCUGUGCGAGGUCAACGUUUUCACGAUGUUUUCGGUAUCCAGUCUUUGUACUCAAGUGUUAAUAAACAACCGCAUACGUAAUGUGGCUGCUGAUGUUCAUGCAGAAUGUAGCAAUUCAGCCCACGAGGGUGGCUGUCCACCAUCCCUUGCUAAUAUGUUGGAUGAAAUAUUGAAUCCUAACUCAAAAACUAUUGAUGAUAGAGAAACCAUCAAUUGGUGUAAAUGGCUGAUAGCUGGUGGUGAUUCACCAGAGGAUUUUGCCAAAACAGUGACAAUGUAUGAUAGUGCAACAACUUGUGGACUGGUUUGGACACCGAAUUUUGUAGCAUAUCGCUGUCGUACAUGCGGUAUAUCACCAUGUAUGUCUUUAUGUACGGAAUGUUUUAAAAAGGGCAAUCACUAUGGUCAUGAUUUUAACAUGUUUCUGAGUCAAGCCGGAGGUGCAUGUGAUUGUGGUGAUGCAUCUGUUAUGAAAGAAUCAGGAUUUUGUGAUAGACAUGGUCCGAAAGCAGCUGUUGAUAAAUCAGCUGCUCCUUCGGAUUUAAUGUGUGUGGCAGAAGCAAUGAUGCCUCGAAUAAUUCUUCGCCUCAUACAAUAUUUACGUGAAAAUUGUACUGUGGGUCCACGGAAUUAUGGAACUAUAAUCCAAGAUGCGGAUGAAUAUUUAACAAUGCUUAUUGACUUCAACAAAAUGGGCGCACUAAUGAGGCACGUUAUGACAUCAGCUCUCACAAGUCCGCAAAAGUACAAAAAUCUUAUGGAUCCUUCCAAACCGACUGAACAGCCAGGAUAUCACACCUAUUGCCAUGAUAGCAAUGAAAUAUAUCAAAAUGCAGUAUGGCGUUUACGAAAUCCGGAACCACCUGAUGAGUAUAAGGAAUGUGCAUCAUUACAAGAACACUUGCAGCAUACUACUUUCCUGGAAGAAUUAAUGUUUUGGACAGUGGUUUAUCAGUUUCCACAAAAGUUGGUCUGUCUGCUGCUAAACAUGUUACCAGAUCCAGAUUACAAAGAAGCACUUACUCGUGCAUUUGUAUUACAUUAUAGUAGAGUUUCGAGGAUGCUUGAAGGUUCAACAGACCCUGACACCUUGAGCAACAAAGUGGUCCAUGUUAGUGUGCAGCUAUUCAGUAAUCAAAGUCUGGCACUGAAGAUGGUGGACGAAUUGAAGCUAUUGCACGUGAUGGUGAUAGCUUUAAAAUACAUGAUGAGCAAGAUUUUGAUUCAGAACACUUUACACGGUAAUCCUGAUAAAAAUUUUCAUUAUGUAGUGGACUGUGAACGACAAGUGAUGAAAGAACAUUGUUAUUGGCCUAUCGUGUCGGAUCUAAAUAACGUGCUUUCACAUAAACCUAUAGCUGUUCGAUUCAUGAACGACAAUACACUUUUAGAAAUGUGGUUCGAUUUCUUAUCUAUGUUUCAAGGAAUGAAUGUGAAUCAGCGGGAAUUGAAUCAACACGUUCAAUACGAGUCUAACACAUAUUAUGCAGCGUUCAGUGCUGAAUUAGAAGCCAGUGCGUACCCAAUGUGGGCCCUGGUUUCUCAUUUACAUGGCCCCGAGAGUGUGCACCUUACUCGGAAAGUCCUAUCGGUUUGUCUUACCGCACUCCAGGAUUGGUUGGACGCUAUAAAUUUUACUGAUCCAAAUGUGAGUGACAGUUUCCAAGUGUCGUUCCAUCUUCCGUUACAUCGAUACUUCGCUGUGUUUUUGUGUCAAGCUAUACGCCAACAAGGAGCUACACUCAAUGAUUUAUUGCCUCCUACGGACAUGUUACACCUGUUGAUGAUGCAUCCUCUGCGAGUUCAGGUCGCCUUUUACGAAAUCUUAAAUGGAUUGUGGAUACGCAAUGGCCUUCAGAUAAAGGGUCAAAUAAUGACAUAUAUACAGUGUAACUUUUGUAAUUCGAUGGUGGAUGCAGAUCUAUAUUUAUUACAACUAUGUGCUACGAAGUUGCAACCAGAUGUUUUCCUAAAAACAAUCAUUGAAAAGUUCCAGAUAAAACAAGAGAUGAGUCUUCGUUUAUACAGAGCAUCUCCAAAUGAAUACAUGGAUGGGGAACAUGAUACACUAAUGUUAGAAAGCUUUCUAACAUUCUUAGCUAUAUUAGUUAACGUUCGGACAAACUUAGGUUUAUCUGAUCCUGAAAUGUCCCGCUUAGAAAUGGUCACCUUACUAUCUAUGGGAGACAAAACUCAUAGCCAAUUAAUGGAAUUAAUGCCGGAACGUUGUGGUAGCACGCAAAAUAGAGAUUUUGAAUCUGUAUUAGCUGACGUAGCAGUGUACAGGGCACCCAAUCUUGAAGCCAGUGGAAAUAUGCAGCAAGGAAUGUAUGGUCCGAAACCGCGUUUAGUUUGGGAAGAAUUGUUUGAUCCUUUACACGUUCUGCUAAGAGCAGCGCAAAAGGGAGAGUUCCAGAUGGCGAUGGAUCGUUUUACACAAUAUGUAAAACAGUCGGGAAGAUUGAAAUCUAGUGCAAUUCCCUGGCCACCGUUUAGACAUCCUGCACCCGUUGCAUCCGCGUAUGAUGAUCCACGAAACGUGUUAAGAUCUAGAGUUUUUCACGCCAUGAUUUUAAUAAUUUUAUAUAAAGCUGUCUAUGGACAUAACAUAUCAGAACACAUAAUGGCAUUAACUAUUUAUUUGUUAGAAAUGGCUGUAGUUACUGCAGAACUACCUGAUAAAUCUAUGAAUCCUUUAUGUCAGUAUACUAGUGAACGACCAGCUCGUGUAAUAAAAGACAUGGAUCUAGCUGGUUGGUAUAUUACAGAUAAUUUGUCAGAUAAUCUUAGGAUGGUAAUACCCGAAGUGUUGUUUGCUCAAGAGCCAGAAUCGAGUGGUUCGGAUAGUGAAUUUGAAUGGGAAAUUCAGGGUGAAUUGACUGAAGUUGGAACUUCGCUCAUGAUAAAUGAUGCGACAGAGAAUUCUUUAGAAGUUUUAGCUCUUCCAUCCUUAGAGACAAUUAGUAAUGAUACUGGUUUACAAAUUGCUAUGAAUGCUUCUUUACCUGCUUUACCUCAACCAAACGACCAAUUUGAAAUAACUUUUCAAGUUACUUACUUAUCAGAAGCUAAUAAUGAAGACGAUUCAAUAACACUACAAAGAGCUUUGCCAUCAUCCACUGAAGAAUCCAUGGCCCUUGCCCUUGAAUCACCUCCUUUACCAAACAAUAUUGGUACUCAACCAGCAUUACCGCCUGCCCCUCAGCGUCCUGCCGUAAUGGCUGGCAACGAAAUAGUUGUUGCCCCAAGUGUGUAUUCGAGACUAAGUAAUUCUAGAGUAACAUCGACAGAGAUCGUUCCAUCCACGUCGAGUUCUCAUAAGAACUUUAAGCGGAGAGAAACUCAGAACGGAUCGCAAGCCGUAAAAGUAGACGAGAGUAUAAUCACGUUAUUAUUGAAAUUGCACUCAAAGUUGUCGGGCGUUCCGGACAGUUAUAAUCCCGAACAGGAUGGAAUGUCGGAUACCGAAGCUAGUAGUAGCUCGACUACAGAACCAUCGGAAUCACGGAUCGGCGAUGGUCCAUUCUUCGUCGCGCAACUACUCAAUAAGAUAGCGAAUUUGGAUCCGACAUGUAAGGAAGCUAUAAAGGACGCUAGGAACAAAUUAUGGCCAAGCAUGCAAAAGAGUGAAGAUAAGCAACGAGAGAAAGAAGAUCGGGAGAGAGAGGAGAGACGAAGGCGGGCAAAGGAAAGGCAGCAAAAGCUAAUGGCCGAGUUUGCCAACAAAAGAAAACAGUUCAUGGAAAAAGCAAUGGAAACAGACGAAGCAGGAGUAUCUGGUAUGGCUUGGGAGGAAAAAGAUGAUGCUACCAAAUUGACUAGCAAAAAGGAAUACGACUGUGUCAUCUGCAGUCAAAGUAGUCCUAGUACAGAGAACAAUCCUAUAGGUCUUGUUGUAUUAUUUCAGGAGACAAGUGUUAUUGGCCAUGAACGGCAGCAACCAGACAGAGUGGUUCUACCUACUUCUGACGAUGAUCCACCUAUACCAAAGAGUGAUACACGUGGUGCCCAUUUCGAUCGUAGAAUAAAUGCAAUGAAUCGUCAUUUUGAAAGAAUUCCGUUGCUGCUGUCCGUUAAUAUAGGGUGGGAAAGUGGAGUGUAUGUUCAAACGUGUGGACACCAUUUACAUUUGGAAUGUUUGCUGCCAUAUGUAAAAUCUCUCGGUCAUCAGCAGAGAGACCUAUCUCUUUCCGCAGAGAACGGUGAAUAUCUGUGUCCGCUUUGCCGGCAGUUAGCUAAUUGUUUCCUUCCAUUAUCCCCGAAAUUGGGAAAACGUGGGACUAUCGUGCGAUCUCCGUACGCACCUCUUUCCACUAUAAUUCCGGAUAUAAAUAAUCUAUUGAAAGAGAUUCUGAAAAUGAAGUUCCCGAGGAAAACGUUUCUGUCCGAAGCGAUGCGCCAAGCCGUGCAAGACAUGACAAGGUGCGCAUACGUUAAAAUUAGACAACCAAACUGUCGUUUUGUUAAUAUAACUUCCAUCGCUCGAACUAAUUUCGAGAUUGAACUUGUCCAACGCGGUGGAUCGUUAUGUAUCCCGCCACCUACUACCAUACCAUUGAGGCCAAAACGUGACUGUACUGUUGCACUUCUUGAUGUAUUGGCGUGGAACGCGCGGUUGUCCAUGUUCUGGCCGGCACAGCACACAUGGCAGCAAUUGGCUGGGUUACCUCUUGAACCUGUUGUACCACUUGCCUUAGCGGCAGACGCGAGAGAAGUCCCACUUCUUCUCAAAGAUCCAACUGCUCUUCUUAUACAGUUUAUACUUUUGCUUCCUCUACAUUUAGAUCACACGUACUUCAACAGCGUAGUAAAAGUAAUCUUUAACUUAUUGUACUAUCAAGUUAUAGUACAAAUAAGCUGUGGUUUCUCAGAAGCGGAAAGAAAUUCAUUUUUGAGAAGAGAAUGUUCACGCGAUUCUGAGCAUGAACCUGUGACCUCGGAGACUAUACUUAGCAGAAUUAUUGAAUAUUUCAAUGACAGUCCACUUUACCAUUUAGGACAUGUUUUAUACGAUGCGUCCACAUCAUCGUGUACACCAUACGCGAGAGACAAAAUGCACAGUAUCGAACAACAGAUACAAUCGAUGUGUUUACCGUUUUUACGAGUAGCCGCGUUACUUCGUUACCACUUGUACGAGGAGCCAUUACCUAUAAUUAGGUUAUCGCAGGCCGAAUUCUCGAGAUUAGUUUGUUAUUUAGAAUUAGUUACAGAUUGGAAGACAUUCAAUUCGGCGAUAGCCUUGAACUGGCAGGAUAACGAAACCAGCGUGGCUGUACCUCGAAUGUGGUGCGAUCAAUUUCUUGGUUUUGUAAGUCAAAACGACGCGGGUAGAUGUUUAAUUAUGGAGCAGCACAUAUCCUGGCAGGUACCGAAGUUACUCGGUCUUCCAAGGGAAUACGAGAAGAUUUUCACGUAUUACCACGGGCGGCAAUGCCGUCAAGGUCACUCGAUACCACAGGAAAUCAGCAUCUGUCUGUUGUGUGGUGCCAUUGUUUGCCUUAAACAAACCCGCAAACAAUGGAAUGUAUGCGAAGUUGUUCAACAUUCGAUCGAUUGCGGAGGCGGAACCGGUAUAUAUCUAGUAGUAACGUCAACUUAUAUAGUUGUAAUUCGAGGUCAACGAGUUUGUCUGUGGGGAUCCUUGUAUCUCGAUGACUUCGAAGAAGAAGACAAAGAUCUGAAACGCGGUAAACCUUUGUACCUAAAUCAAGAUAGAUACCAGUUGUUGGAGCAACAGUGGCUGGCACAUAGGUUCGAUCAUACGAAGAAAACGUGGGUAUGGCAUCGUGAUAUACUGUAAUUUACAAUCGUUGUUUGUUAAAAACUGGUAAUUCUGAGACAAGUCCAAGACUUUCGACAGAUUUAUUCCCGUAUGCCUCGCCAAGAAAUAACAGCGCUUUAAAGAUUAACAGAUUACUCUAAUACUGAUGAUUAUAUUUAUUAAGAUGCAAUGAGUAAGUAAACCUAAUUAUUGAAUGAAAGUACUACAAAGGGAAAACGAAAACGAGGUGAGACCUAACGCUAAUAUUGUUUCAGUCACACAAUAUGCGAAAGAUUAUACCCGAAGAAAUGUAAUUUCAAAUUAAAACAUUGUACAUUUUAUUUAA